AUGCCCGAGUUAACAGAGUUCCAGAAAAAGCGUCAGGAGAACAUUAAAAGGAAUAAUGAUUUAUUGAAAAAGCUGCAUCUGUCUGGGGUAGCGUCUCAAAUUAAGCACGAGGCUGGGGUAUCAAAUAAAGCUAGGGUUCCUGCCAAGAAGAAACAAAGAACAAGUAGUAGCAGAGCGAUAAAGUCUGCUAGUCCCACUUUACCUACACGAAGAUCAAGAAGGCUUAGGGGCGAGGCUGCAGAUAAUACUAAAGGGAUACCCAAUGUGAACGAUAACCAAUUACUGAAAAAGGAUUCUCCAAACGGCGAGGACAAGAAUUUUAUAGACGAAAUGAAGGAAAAGUCGGUGAUUGGAGAUGUGAAACUAAGUGAUUUGAUAAAAGAUGAAGAUGAAGAUGCCCUUUUGGAGAAAUUCAAGAGGUUUAAUAACAGUAACUUUUCGUCUGGCGAUUUUUUUGAAGAGAUAAAAAAAAGACAGGGUGAUGUCUUGGGCAUGGAUGAAUUCGAUUUGGAUUUGUAUGAUGUUUUUCAACCCAAUGAGAUUAAGGUUACAUAUGAUAGAAUUUCUGCCACCUAUUUUCAUCCUGCGGUGGAAAAGAAGUUAGUUAUUGCGGGCGACACGGGGGGCACUGUAGGAUUUUGGAAUGUUCGAGAUGAACCAUUGGGAGAUAGUGAAGAGGACCGAAUGGAGGAACCUGAUAUCACCAGGGUAAAGCUGUUUACCAAAAAUGUCGGUCGUAUUGAUUGCUUCCCUACAAACACAUCAAAGGUGUUACUGACCUCAUAUGAUGGGAGCGUCAGGUCAGUUCAUUUGAAUAACUUACAAAGUGAAGAAAUGCUCACCUUAAAAAACGAGUAUGACGAUCCAUUGGGUAUCAGUGACUGCCAAUUUAGUUACGAGAAUCCACAUAUUUUGUUCCUCACUACGUUGAGUGGUGAGUUUACAACUUUUGACACAAGAGCAAAAAAUUCGGAGUGCAAACUGCGAAGAUUGGCUGACAAAAAGAUCGGCUCUAUGGCAAUAAAUCCUUUGAGACCCUACGAAAUCGCGACGGGUUCCCUUGAUAGAACUCUAAAGAUCUGGGAUACAAGACACCUUGUUGAAAAGCCCGAAUGGUCUCAGUAUGAAGAUUACCCCAGUCACGACCUCAUGUCAACCUAUGACUCAAGAUUAAGCGUCUCAGCGGUCUCCUAUUCUCCGACAGAUGGAACGCUGGUAUGCAACGGCUAUGAUGACACCAUUCGGCUGUUCGAUCUCAAAAACAAGGAUAGUAUUACUGCGGAGUUGGUGCCCAAACUAACCAUUCAACAUAACUGCCAAACGGGAAGGUGGACCAGCAUUCUCAAGGCUAGGUUCAAACCAAACAAGAGUGUUUUCGCAAUCGCCAACAUGAAGCGCGCCAUCGACAUCUACAACAGCGAGGGCCAGCAAUUAGCCCAUCUGCACACUGCCACUGUCCCUGCUGUGGUCAGCUGGCACCCAUUGCAGAACUGGAUUGUUGGAGGAAACUCUAGCGGCAAGAUCUUCCUCUUCACCGAUGACUCCCAGGCCAUAAAGCUGGAGGAAUAG